UCGCCGUUAUUUUCCCAGCACCACGCGAGCGGGUAGGACGUGUACACACUGUCGCUGCUAGUGGGCUGCUUCACGCACAUCUUCUACGGUACACACAUAGAGACAACUAAGCAGACACAGUGAGCGAAGCGAGUUGCGAUCGAAUGCAUCGCAGCCGUGCGUGCACCAGCCCUGCCGCCGAGUUUCAGUUGUUUGUUCCCCUAUUGUUCACCCAAUACACACAAUUUGUGCGUGCGUGCCUGCUGCCGUUGUGCUCGUUGGUUUACACAUAUCCCCCAAUCGUGUUUGUGUGUGUAUGUGUUUCUGUGUGAGUAAAGAUAGAGGCGAAGGUAUCCAGGUGUUUGUGUCAGUGUGUGUGUGUCUUUGAGCAAAUCGUACAGUACAGUAAAGAGCGUGAAUGAGUGACUACCGCCCGCAUAUGAAGCAGGGGGUGGUUUUGUUUCCCCUCCCGUUCCAACCAGUGUUGCCAGCGAAUGCCACACAGUGACGGACGGGGAGGAACAGUGCAUGAAUGUGUGGAAGUGGCGGGGAGUGUGUGUCGCGCGCGAAACGACGCAUGAGUACGCUUGGGUAGGCAAGCCGCCCCAGCCAACUCUUUCACCCCGCCCUUUCGGUGGGAGUGUUUUUGUCAGGAAGGGAAGGAACACGAACUUCUUCCCCAAAGGAACUGACAAAACCAAAGCAAAGCAAAGCAACACCGGAAAUUAGAGAUUAUACCGGAGGGAAACAGAGGAAGCGAGUGAGAUUAAGCGAGUCAACAUACCCCGUAAGGGCCCACACAAUCCGUGCGAACUCCGUGUGGAUUGGUGCGUCUUCCGCGAGCGCAGGCUUCAUGGAGAACAAUCUGUCAUCCAACGCUGGACCGCCUGAAAGGUCUCCCGUACACAAUCAAACCAGCCGCAUCCCAACGAACCAAAAUGGCAGUGCAGGAUCCCCCCGACAACAGCAGCAGCAGCAGCAGCAACAGACACAGCAACCGAGGCCCCAAACGCUGACGCCCACCCGCGAAUCCCCGGCCAAUGGGUCGAUGGCGAUGCAGACGCUCGUCGUCACGGUGAACAAGGAUGCGACCGGGUACGGCAUGAAGGUGUCCGGCGACAAGCCCGUGUUCGUGGAGAGCGUCAAGCCGGGCGGGGCGGCACGCCGGGCCGGCCUAAUGCCGGACGAUAUGAUCCUGAAGGUCAAUGGAACAUCCGUGCGAGCAUUAACCCACACCCACGUGGUGGAACUGAUCAAAGCAGCAUCGGACGUCGUUGAGCUCACUGUGCAGCGUGGGAGCAACAGAAUGCAGCGCCCAUCGCCAUCGACCAACUCGAUCGCGCCAAUGACGCCGGUUGCGCAACGGAACAGCAUCACCGCUCCGCAGCCCGUUGAUUGCGCCAAGCAACGGGAGAUGGAAGUGCACAAGAUGAACACGCUGCAGCUGAUGCUCGAUCAGGUGAAGAAAAGCCGGGACACUCUGAUCGCCAGCAACAAACCGCACGUCGAGGUGGCCCGGGUCGACGCGACGAUACAGAAGCUGGAGAAGGAGCUGCAGCAAAUGCUUGGCGAGCCCGGCACCUAUCCGGCAUUCAGCCCGUCGGCGCUCAGCUCACCGCCACUGUUUCCGCAGCCGCAGCUCCCGAACAGUGCCCAAACGACCUCCACCACGCCCGCCUUUCUGUCGCGCUUUCCGCGCUCGCUGUCCUCGCUGAGCCUGGGCACGAAGAAGAAAUCGAUCGACUCCAAAGAGAUUAGCUCGCCGUCGGCGGCCACCCUGUUCGGUUCGCCCGAGUGCCUUAGCCCAACGGACGGCGGUGGACCGUUCGGUGGGCUCACGUCGUCCGGCACGCCCACCAAGACAGGGAAGAAAUACAGCGCGAGCAGUGCGGCCGACCAUCACCAUCAUCACCAUCUGCACGGUGGCGGCGGUGGAGGUGGUAAUCAUCACGGGCAUCACCUGAACAGGAGCGGCCAUUUUGGUGGAAAACAACAGCAGCAGCAGCAGCAAAGUGCGGACAUACCGCCGCCGCUUCCGCAGCGCAACAACAUUCCAAAACGAGCGGACGACACGGUGGACACGAUGUUGGUCGGGUCGCGGCGCAACAUUCUCGUCUCGGACCUCGAUCACCAGCUCGUGCUGUCGCCGGCGGCCCAGGAAACGGCGAGUUUACAUUCGGCCGGCUCGACCGGCUCGGCAAGCUCGAAAGCGAGCGGUGGCGGCGGUGGCAGUGGGAAAUCCUCACGUGGUAAAAAGAAAAACGGCUCAAGCACUGCUGCGCACAGCAACAGUGUCAGCAGCAGCAGCAACAAUAAUAACAACAACAACAACAACCACAGCAGCAGUAAAGGCGGAAACGCUAACAGCAGUCUAAGCAGCGGCGGGGUCGAUACGACCACGCUGCUUGAUGGCAAUGUGCUGGCCACGGCAACGGCCACUACCGAGCUGCAGGCAGAGCCACCGCCCUUACCCCCACGCCAGCCCGGCAUGCUGGAGGUGGUGAACCAGAAUCUCAUACUGAACAGUGACAACAACGCUGGCAGCAGCAGCAGCAAUGGUGCCAACUCGACGACCGCGGCGAGCACACCGAACGGCAACAACAACCACAGCAGCGGGCGGGGUUCGAUCGAGAUGCGGCCGCCACCGAACAGCAUCAACACGCUGAUGAACUAUCCGCUCAUAACGACCUGCACCUCGGUGCGCGACAAUAUGGCGGCCGCCUUUCCGCUCUCCUACCGGCCGAACAUAGUGCACCAGAUGCAGCAGCAUCAGCAAUCGACCGCGAUGAAUCAAUCGGCCGCAGCCGGAGCUGGCGUGAACCAGUCCAUCAGCAAGAAGCACCGCCGCAUCGUGUCGUCGCCGGAAAACAUUGGCGCAAAGGAUUUCGGCAUGGUGGCGGGCGCCGAUCACCAUCACCAUCAUAGUGGGGGAUACCGGCAUCACAAGACGUCAUCCGACUCGUGGGACAAACGGUCGGAGAUAACGCCACCGGGCACGCCACCGCCACCGUACCUCAGCACCUCGAUGACGACCGGUAGCCCGGCGGGCGGUGGUGGCCAUCCGCAGCAGCAGCAUCAUCCGCACCAUCAUCAUCAUCAUGGCGGUCACCAUCCGCAUCACCAUGAGCAUACCACUGCCGGUGAUCUGGCGAUAGCGAAUCCGCUCAGCAGCAUCAACAACAAUCACCAUCAUCACCACCAACAACAGCACCACGGAAACAAUGGCACAGCGACGCACCCGGCAACGGGCCCCAACAACAUCAAUAGCAUUAACAACAACAAUGGAGCUAGCCACAUGUCCGCCUCGUACCAUGCGCACCAUCACCACCCAUCACACGGACAGCAGUCCCCGGUGGGGGCCACGAAUGCCGGAGGACCGGCGGGAGGCGUUGGUGGUGGUACCGCACCGAGCAGCAGCAUUGUGGCGGCGCAGGCGAACGUCGCCCAGAAGCCGAUCAUCUCGAUGGAGGACGACGACAUCUCGGACCAGGAAAGCUUCAUCGAGGAGAACAGCCCGUUCCGGUCGCUGACGCAGCUGCUCGAGGCGGACAAGUCCGUCUACCUGGCGGUGUUUCUCAACUUUGUGCUCACCAACUCGGACCCGUCGGCGCUGCUGUUCUACAUGAUCACGAUGCUGUACAAGGAGGGCACGGUGAAGGAUAUGCGCAAGUGGGCGUACGAGAUACACUCGACAUUCCUGGUGCCGGGCGCGCCGCUGCUGUGCGCGAACGUGGACGAAGCGCUGGCGCGCGACAUCGACGACGUGCUGCAGAAGGAAAACGACAAGGCGGAGAUACUGCGCAUGGUGUUCUGGCGCAGCCGGCUGAAGGCGAAGGAAAUGAUCAACCAGCAGCUGCAGCAGUUCCAGACGAAGCGCACGGCCGGGUUGGGGACGAUGUACGGCCCGAACGAUCAGCAGCUCCAGAUGGCCAAGGGCGACAAGGUGAAGGAGCAGCGCAUCAUCGACGAAACGCUGCUGCCCAAGCUGCAGCAGUAUCUUGAUGAACUGGAGCGCGAGUCCCCGAAGGAGGAUCCAAAGAAGUCGGCCCUUUGCUCGGCCCUGUCGACCGUACUGAUGCGGAUCUUCGUUACCCGCUGCAAUCCCGGCGGACCGAUCGACAAGGUGCACCACUUUGUGAGCCGGGAGAAAAGCUUCAAGAGCCGGCUGAUGGCCAAAAACCGGAAGCAAACGAUCCUCGGUCACAAUCUGCACCUGCAGCCGUACUACGAGGUGACUCGCUGCAACCACUGUCAGAACAUACUGUGGGGCGUCAGCCCGCAGGGCUACCAUUGCACUAACUGCGAACUGAACAUCCAUCGGGCUUGUGCAAAAGAUCUGGUCGAGUGCUGUCCCGGGCCGGCGAUACAGAAGAACGACAGCAAAAUCACCAAACUCAUGGAGAAAAUCUCAAGUCGCAAUCAUCAUCAAGAUAAAUCUCGCCGUCACGAUGAUGAUGCGACCGCGGAUGAUACCACCAUUAGCGAGCGAGGAGCAAACACAUCCCUAGCCCGGCAGCCAUCGGACCGACGUCAGGACCUGAGUGGACAGCUAGCUAACACUAGCGGUGCCUCCGACCAUCUCAACAGCUCAUCGUCCGAUGCCUACGGCUACAAACAGUCCGCCGAUGACGAUCAGUUCCGUGAGAAUGUCAAAUCCAAAUCUGCCCCCGUAUCGGUGAACCGAUCCGAAUCGUACAAGGAAAGAUCGCAGAAGAAAACGCGCACCACGCGACGGAAAACGUCCGAUCCGAGUCUCACAAAAACGGCUGACGAACAGAAUGAGGCGUCCUCGUUGGCCAACAACAACUAUUCCAGCAGUUCCACAUCUAGUCUUCCAUUGGCACUGGACAGCCGAUCGGCCUCGAUGGAGGCGGUCGGUGGCGGUGCAACGACUGCGGUCUCCUCGGCUGGUCCAGCAGGAACCGUCAGUGGUAUCAACCCGACGCACUCGUCACCGGGCGGCGUCGGCCUACCGUCGAGCGCGUCCACCACGAGCGGUGGCACCGGAGGCGGUUUGCAUGGUGGCCCGGUCGGUAGCGGUGUUAGCGGUGGACCGGGCGGCCUGAACGUUCCUACCGCCCGGGAGUGGAUCGACAGCGACGACGAGGGUACGGUCGAGCCGGAGGCGGACUGGAGCUCGAACAUCGCGCCCGAAAUACUCUCCUCGAUUGGCGAUCUGGAAAAGAAGCGCCAGGAAGUGAUUAACGAGAUUUACCAAACCGAGCGCAAUCACGUCCGCACGCUGAGGCUACUGGAGGGCAUCUUUAUGCGGCCACUGCAGGAGUCCGGUGCGCUACCGCACGACUUACUGAACCUGCUGUUUCCCCACUCACUGAUCCACCUGAAAGAUCUCCACACUGCGUUCGAGCUGAAGCUAAAGCAGCGGCGCAGUGAGCACGGCAACAUCGUACGUGAGAUCGGUGAUCUGCUGCUGACUAUGUUCGACGGCCAAACCGGUGAGGAGCUAAAGGAACAUGCGGCCCACUUCUGCGCCCGGCAACAGAUCGCCCUGGAGGCGCUGAAGGAGCGGCGGAAAAAGGACGAGCAGCUGCAGCGCAUCCUGACCAAGGCCGAAUCUCACAAGGCGUGCCGCCGGCUGCAGCUAAAGGAUCUGCUGCCGACAGCGCUGCAACGGUUGACCAAGUAUCCGCUGCUGUUCGACAACCUGUACAACUUUACCGUGCGCAGCACGCCGAAGAACGAGGGCGAGGCGCUCGCGAUCCGGAAGUCGCACGAGUCUGCCAAACGGAUACUGGAUCACGUCAACCAGGCGGUGCGAACGGAGGAAGAUAUGCAUAAGUUGGCAACAAUCCAACGCAAACUCGACAAGAGUGGGCUGGAUAAGGAAGCUGCUGUUGAAUUUAAGAAUAUUGAUCUAACCGUACGUAAGCUAAUCCACGAUGGGCCUUUAACGAUGAAGAAGAAUCCAGGUGUACAACUGCAUGGGCUGCUGUUCGAAGAUAUCAUGGUGUUGCUGCAGAAGCAGGACGACAAGUAUCUUGUCAAAUAUCACUCUAGUCCCGGGCUCGGCGGAAGCGAAAGUAAGUACGCCGAGGGCCGCUUUAAUCCGAUCACCAAAAUCCAUCUCAUCCUGGUGCGACAGAGCGCCGUCGACAAAAACACGUUCUUCCUAAUCAACACCAACGUCUCGCAGAUGCUGGAACUGACCGCGCCGAGCAGCACCGAGUGCAAAACAUGGUUUAAGCAUAUUUCCGAUGCCGCCGAAGCGUACAAAUCACGUACCAAAGGAACGCACGAGUACGGUGAGGACAGUGCCGGUGGUGGUGCUGGUCAGCCACCGAAGGACAGCUUCGAAACCGUCACCGAGACGCAGAAGAUCGAACAGACCUCGACGCCGAUCGAGCGGCUCGAGCGCAAGGACACGCAGUGUCGGGCGGUGAGCAGCAGUGCCGGCCAUCAUCAUCAUCAUCACCACCCUGCACAGCCCCAUCACCCGCACCAGCAGCAGCAACAGUCACCUGCGAGUCAGCAAGCUGCCGGUCAGCCGCACCACCACCAACAUUCUCAUCAUCCCGGUGGUGGUCGACCGGAUGACUCGCGCCUCCCGUCCGUGCCCGGUGCGCCCGACUCGAGCGGUGCCAACGAAACGGAGGACAAUCUGGAGAACGAGGAGAAGGAAAAGUUUAAGCGCAGCUCGCGGCGACACGGUUCGCGCGAGGAGUGCAACGGCGGUGGCCGAACGUCCGACGAGGAGGAGGAGGAAGACGGGCAGCAUGAUGACGAGGACGAUGAGCGCUAUACGCGCGGUCAGUCGGGACGCCAGGGAUCGUCAAACAAUACGCGCACGAUCACGCAGCAGUGCUCGCUGGUCGCACCGAGCGAAAUUCAUGUGAGCGUAAGCGCGACGCUUACGGCGGAACCGAUCCUCACACCGGCGGAGCAACUGCGCCGGUACGAUCAGCUGAUCCAGAAAACGCUCGCCAGCAAGCAGCGGGUCGUGUGCGACAUGUUCAAGGUGCCGGACGAACACUUCCAGGCGAUCGCGGACAUCGCCGCCCAGCCGGAGGCACCGAAGGAACCGACCGACCUGGUGCUGGCCGCGUUCGCCUACGGCCAAACGCUGAUGGAGAUCGUGAGCGAGUGUAUGCGGGUGUCGGAGAGCCAGCAGGUCAGUGCCGUGUCGACCGCCGUCUGCGAUGACUGCAGCGUGCUGGCUGCUGCUGCCGGUCGCACCAAGCAGUCGAACCACCACCAUCACAUUCCGUCGCCCACCACCACCACCACCACCAAAGAACCGCUCAGCGAGCCGACCGUACCGACGAUAGGUGGUGGUCCAGUGCCUUCGGCAACGGCGGCUUCCGCCACCAUCAGCACCGCGACAGCGGCCACAUUCUACAACAGUGCGCCGGCACCGAUUGGGGUGGUGGCGGCCCAGGAUCAGAACGUCAGCAUCACGGAGGAUGAGGAUGGAUACUGUGAGAUCGAUGAAGUCCGAGCUGCGGCCGUCCUACUGGCGGAGAAUGAGAAGGCCCGUAAGCUUACGGAGGCAGCCGCAGCAGCAGGUGGAGGAGUGGCGAGCGGUGUCGAUACGUUGGAUGAUGGAGGUGACGUUGGUCGUGCUUCGCAAUCGCCCGAGUCUCACAUAGAGAUCAAUGAGAAUUAUGACUCGACGCAGAGUCCAUCCAUGACGCAAAAAUACUCGGGAACAGCGCUGGGACCGGAGCAGUGCGGCAAGAACCGCUUACUUCACGCCUCGAAUCUCGCCCCUACCGUACCGUGCCAUCUGAUAGCGAGCUACGUGACUGGUUUGAACUCGCAAAUUUCGCAGCUCUUGCAUAAGAUUAGUGAAAAGGAUAUGGAACGAGAACAUCUGCGGCGGGAAAAUCAACACUUGCGGGAGCUGCUGAAUGCAAUGCAUCAGGAACGUGUUUUAGAAUCACAGGAAACCAACCAAGAUCAGCAGCAAAACGCACCGGGCGAUGAGCAGACGACGUCAUCAUCUCUUUCUGCGAUAGGCCCGGAAGUGGCAGCAACUCAGCCACCACCAUCGCAGCAGCAGCAACAACAACAACAACCAACGUCUCCAUCAUCGGAGGAACCUUCCGGGACGACGGCAGACAACGGGAGUGCACCAACAGUGCCUACGGACUGAAGCAAUAUAAACGGCCGCCAAGAGCAGCAGCAGCAGCAACAGCAGCCGUGUCUAGUUCGAGCGUGACCACUUGUGCUAGUAGUGCUUAAAGCAGAUAGAGAGAGAGAGAGGAGAGAUAGAAAGAGCACAAUCGCGAUCGAAUUUGUAUUGUUUUUUUUUUUGUUUUUACAGACACAGUGUUGAAAAUAUGUUCCCCAUUUUCAACACAAUUGUAGACGCAAUCGAAGCACACCCUACUCACAAACACACACACACGACAAAAACACGUCGAGAUUCGUGAAAGAAAGCAUGGCGAAAGCAAUCGCCCCUAUUGUGUUAAGGAAAAAAAGCGAAAAGAACGGAUGGAACCGAAGAAAAGGAUUAGUGAAAUAAAAGUAAACCCACACAGAGACAGAUACACCUCCUUUUUCGCGUAUUUACGCACGAGAACACAUAGACAACAUGUACAGAACACGUGGCUUGACAGGAAGCGUAUGAACAGAGCCGCGCUUUAACCAGCUGAAGAAGAAUGUUAACAGUUUUUGAAGGUCAAUAUGUUUGGUAAAGUCUGCAACCGCCGCAGUAUACUAUUUGUGAGUAGCGCUUAUACAGUAUCAUUGUUUGGUCAGUGUACAUAAUGCGAAAUUCUCUGCAAACGAGCGCAUACAACUCUCUGCUUCCGCAUUAACCGCACGGUGGCGAACGUAAAUAGUAAGAACUGUAAAGUGAUUACAAUUACAUCAGUGAGUAUGCUUACACGAUGGCAUUAUGUUCCAAUUUGUACAGUAGCUUUCCAUGUUCAUCCUUUUUUAAUUGUUUCGCCGCACUUUCGCAGUUUUCGAGACCCUGCGCUUAAACAUUCGCCUUCUUUCCGAUCGUUGUUUACGUCACAGGUGGUGUGUACUGGCUACCCUACCCAGCCGCCACGCAACAGCAUGUGGAUGUUGUUUCAUUCUUUCGUUCCUUCUCUGUAUGUUUGUGUGUGCGCGUGUGUUAUUCAGCUGCUGGACGCCUUUUAAAGCAAAGCAACAGACAAAACUAAACAAAAUCCGCAGAACAAGUAUACGUGGAGUGGCCGUGUGUCCGAGCACAUCGAUGUAAUUGAUUUACUAUUUGUACUGUGUAUGGACAUAAAAACACACACAAAACACACA